GACUCCGUCUAAAACAAAACAAAACAAAACAAACAAACAAAAACCCCAAAAUUACUCUGAAAGGGAGAAGAGGUUGCUGAAGGCCACAGUGGGGAGCAGGGCGCAGACACCCCUGGCACAGUACCGGCCAGUGGGCGCCCCCAGCCUGACUCUAUUUACCAGAGGCUGAAGUCCAGAGGGGUUGAGGGGAAAGCACGGCCGGUCCCUGGGCCCUUCCCCCGCCUUGAUCCCAGGGCGCCCCUGACCUUUGAGCCGGCUCAGGCUCCGGCUCCGGCGCGUGCACAUUCGCCUCGCCUUUCGGGACCAGCCAGAUCGCGGCGGCCUCGCGGGCUGUCUGGUUGGUGAGGUCGGGGCCGCGCGCGGCAAUGCUGCGGCUGCUGGCGUCCGGCUGCGCCCGGGGGCCGGGGCCCGGCGUGGGCGCGCGUCCUGUUGCAGGGCUCUGCCACCCCGGGCUCCGCCAGAGCCGCCAGGCUUCCGACGCGCCCCGGAACCAGCCCCCCAGCCCCGAGUUGGUGGCCCGGUCGGUGGGCGUCUGCUCCAUGAUGCGCCUGCCGGUGCAGACCUCCCCCGAGGGGCUGGACGCUGCCUUCAUCGGGGUGCCCCUGGAUACUGGGACCUCCAACCGGCCUGGGGCGAGAUUCGGACCUCGCCGCAUCCGGGAAGAAUCAGUGAUGCUUCGGACAGUCAAUCCUAGCACGGGGGCCCUCCCCUUCCAGUCCCUCAUGGUUGCAGACCUAGGCGAUGUGAAUGUCAAUCUUUACAACCUUCAGGACAGCUGCCGGCGAAUUCAAGAGGCCUAUGAGAAAAUUGUAGCAGCUGGCUGUAUUCCUCUGACCUUGGGUGGAGAUCACACAAUCACAUAUCCCAUAUUGCAAGCGAUGGCAAAAAAGCAUGGCCCAGUGGGGCUGCUGCAUGUGGAUGCGCACACGGACACGGCCGACGAGGCCCUAGGAGAGAAGCUCUACCAUGGGGCGCCCUUCCGCCGGUGCGUGGAUGAGGGUCUCCUGGACUGUAAGCGGGUGGCGCAGAUUGGCAUCCGGGGCUAUUCCACAACGUUGGAUCCCUACAGAUACAACCGGAGCCAGGGCUUCCGGGUAGUUCUGGCUGAAGACUGCUGGAUGAAGUCGCUGGUUCCUCUGAUGGCAGAAGUCAGGCAGCAGAUGGGAGGCAAACCCAUUUAUAUCAGCUUUGAUAUUGACGCUCUGGAUCCUGCCUAUGCCCCAGGGACAGGGACACCUGAAAUUGCUGGUCUCACUCCUAGUCAGGCUCUGGAAAUCAUCCGGGGUUGUCAAGGCCUGAACGUGGUGGGCUGUGAUCUUGUCGAAGUUUCACCACCGUAUGAUCUUUCUGGGAACACAGCCCUGCUGGCGGCUAACCUGCUGUUUGAGAUGCUGUGUGCUCUCCCCAAAGUGACAACCGUCUGAGUCUUGUGCUCUUCAAGACAAAACAGAUUGCGUCGCUGACAAGUUCUCAAGAAGAACUUAUGAGUAAGCAGUCUGAGAACUAAAGAGUUGAUGCCAAGAAAACUUUCUGCUGAAAGUGUCAUUGCUGGCUGUGAAAUCGGGAUAUUCAGUAGAACUCUCACCCAAACAGCAAUAUUUCUAAGGAACUUGGAUUAAUUGGAAAAAAGAAAAAAGAGUACUUAUACUGUUUUUUUUCCCUUUGAUGAAAGAUGGAGGAUAAAGGGGAAGUGUGGAGAAUUUCUUUUAAGAUUAUCUAAACAUUAGAAACAUGAAAUUAAAAAAAACUAUGAAAUAA